UGUUCUGCUGUCUAUGGAGAGAGAAAGAGAGUAAACAAAACAGAGUAUAAAAGAAAGGAACAAUUUGCAAGUAAAACAAAGAAUCCUCUUUUAGCAACCUAGUAAUAAUAGGUUGGAGAGGGGUUUAUAGUAGUAGCAUCAUAGUAUCUUCCUCAAAAUUUGUUCCAAGAACAACCUCUUCAAGUUUCAAACAGUUCUUUUUUGUGUAGCUAUUUGGGGUUUGUUUGAUCCUCAAACCCAGUUUUGCAAACUGGGUUUUCGAGAAGAAAGGUGUUUUGUGUUGGAAAUGUCUGUGAAGAGCAGAGGUGGUGGCGUCGGUGGAGGAGCAGAGAAAGUUUCAAGAAGUGUAAUUUCUAAAAAAUGGACUCUUUUUCUGUGUAUAGGUAGUUUCUGUGCUGGAAUGUUUUUCACCAAUAGAAUGUGGAGAGUACUUCCUGAAUCACAAGAGAUUAGUAUAACUCCUACAUCUGAGGAUGAAGGUUUGAAGCUAGGAUCACAAGGUUGUGAUACAAAAUAUGCGAAGUAUGUAAAGGUAUCCAAAGGCGUUUUUGGGGAAGAUCAUAGGAAAGACGAAGCUAUCAAGACACUGGAUAAAACUAUUUCGAGUUUGGAGAUGGAGUUGGCUGCUGCGAAAGCAGCCCAGGGAUCAAUUCUCGGGGGCGGUACUGUGAUGGAGGACAAUGAGAAGAGCGGCUUGUCCCGAAGAAGAAAAUAUUUUAUGGUUGUAGGAAUUAAUACUGCAUUUAGCAGCAGAAAACGAAGAGAUUCAGUUCGGGCUACAUGGAUGCCACAAGGCGAAAAAAGGAAGAAAUUGGAAGAAGAGAAAGGGAUUAUCAUUCGUUUCGUCAUUGGUCAUGGUGCAAUGUCGGGAGGUAUACUGGAUAGAGCUAUUGAUGCCGAGGAUAGCAAGCAUGGAGAUUUCUUGCGACUCGAUCAUGUCGAAGGAUAUCUUGAGUUGUCAGCUAAGACGAGAACUUACUUUGCCACCGCUGUGAAGUUAUGGGAUGCAGAAUACUACAUCAAGGUCGACGAUGAUGUUCAUGUAAAUAUAGGAACGCUAGGGGAAACGUUAGCCAGACACCGGAAGAAACCUCGUGUCUACAUCGGGUGCAUGAAGUCGGGUCCUGUCCUAUCUCAGAAGGGAGUUAGGUACCACGAACCGGAGUACUGGAAAUUUGGGGAUAAUGGCAACAAAUAUUUUCGCCAUGCCACGGGACAGUUAUAUGCAAUCUCGAAAGACUUGGCUACAUAUAUUUCAGUAAACCAGCAUGUACUGCACAAGUUUGCGAACGAGGAUGUUUCGUUGGGGUCUUGGUUUAUAGGGCUCGACGUGCAGCACAUUGAUGAUCGAAGGCUGUGUUGUGGAACUCCACCCGACUGUGAAUGGAAGGCGCAAGCGGGCAACAUUUGUGUUGCCUCGUUCGACUGGACCUGCAGCGGGAUUUGCAGGUCGGUUGACAGGAUAAAGGAGGUUCACAGGCGGUGUGGCGAGGGUGAGAAAGCGCUGUGGAAUGCUAGUUUCUGAAACGCUACAUACACGCUUUUUCUGAGCUCGAUCGGGGUGAAGAUUAACAGCAUUCUGCUCAAUCCCGCGCCAGCAGUUCUCUUGUUUCGCGUUAAGUAAGCGAAACUAUACAUACACACACACACAUACACUGAUAGACAUAGCACGAGAGAUAGGAACAAAAGAGUAUUUAGUCUGCAUAGUGUGCAAUAACAUAAAAAUAUGUUGUUGAUCAUAGUAGAGGAGAGUGGUAGAAAUAAAAGGUUUUUAAAGCUCUCUUUUUCUUUUUGGUGACUGGAUGAAUGGCAGAAGUGUAAGCACUAAGCAGCAUUCACUGGACUGGACCCUGCAAUUAAUAAUGUUAAUAAAUGCAGAUCAUAUAGUUCUUGUGA